AUGGAAGAGUCAGUGCAUGUGACGGAGAGAAUUUUAGGGUACAAGUUCAAUAACCGGAAGCUUCUAGAAGAAGCUCUGACACAUUCCUCCUUCACUGAAGGUGUUUCGUACGAGCGUCUUGAGUUCAUCGGCGAUCCCAUUCUCAGUCUAGCUAUCAGUAACUAUCUCUUUCUCGCAUACCCGCAUCUCCAUCCCGGUCACCUAUCUCUCCUCCGUGCCGCAAAUAUCAGCACCGAGAAGUUGGCUCGCGUCGCCGUCCGCCACGGCCUCUAUCGCUUCAUUCGCCACAGCGCGCCACCACUUAUGGACCAGAUCGAGCGGUUUGCCAAUGCCGUCGCCCUAGAAAAUCAAGCCAUCGUAGUAUAUGGCGGAUCCGUUAAGGCGCCCAAGGUCCUUGCGGAUAUCGUCGAGUCUAUCGCGGGAGCUAUAUACGUCGAUCUGGGAUACGAUUUGGAGGAACUUUGGAGGAGAUUUAGGGGAAUUUUGGAACCCAUAGUGACGCCUGGUGAUUUGGAGCAACAGCCUCAACCGGUGACGGCACUAUUUGAAAUAUGCCAGAAAAGGGGGAAGGAUGUUGAUAUUAAACAAGUGAGAAAAGGAGCAGAGAGUGUAGCUAGUGUUUUUGUUGAUGGACAGUUUAUAGCCUCUGCCUCCUCUGUCCAAAAGGAUCUGGCAAAACUUGAAGCUGCCAAGAUUGCUUUGGAUAGACUAGCAUAUGUUGUUCCUCCCAACAGUAUGAAGCCUUCCGGUAGUAACAUGCAGCUAAGCUUUUGUCCCGACAAGGAUGGAACGAUGAUUAUUGAAGCAGCUAAACAUAGACUACAUGAAUUCUGUGAGAAUAAAAAAUGGCCUAAGCCAGUAUACAGGAUUGAAAAGGAUUCAGGUCCCUCUCAUGAAAAGAGAUUUGUUUGUGCUGUUGAGAUAACUACUGAAGAAGAGGAGCAGAUCCUUCAAAUGUCUGGCGAUGAAAAAUCUAGGGUGAAGGAUGCAGAGAACUCUGCUGCUUCAUUGAUGCUUAUGGCCUUACUUGGAGCGUCAUAA